UGGUUAUUGGAAAAUCUUGAUUUGUGAUUCGGGUUUGGCGUGGUUUGCAAAGGAGGCCGGCUUGCCAUUUUUAUUUCAUGCCAUUAAAUUCCUUACUGCUAUAAUUUCUGGUUUUAUAGAAUUUAGAAUUGUAUUUCUUAUAGCACACUACAUAAGUUGCACAUUACUUUGAUCUGUUUAACGUUAAAUGGCUAGAGGUAUGAGGGGCAGAGGUGGUAUGAACCGAGGUAUCGGAUCCCGGCCUCCAUUUAAGGUAAAGAUGUUUUUACCCCGCCAUCCAUUCGAUUUGGCCCUGUGCGAGUCCUCUUUCCCAAGGACAAAACCAGCCCCUGAUGAAACCACAUUCACACAAGCUCUCCUGAAGAGAAACUCAGAUCUCUCACCAACUCCUAAUGAACAAUCGGCUAUUUUAAAUUUGGUGACCAAGAUACAAACUGUUCUGGAUAAUUUGGUGGUAGCUCCUGGAACAUUUGAGGCUUGUCAACUUGAUGAAGUGAGACAAGUUGGUUCCUUUAAGAAAGGCACUAUGAUCACUGGACAUAAUGUUGCUGACAUUGUAGUGAUAUUAAAAACGUUACCCACUAAAGAAGCCGUUGAAGCUUUGGGUAACAAAGUAAAGGAUGAUCUAAAGAACCUUAUGAAAAACGAAAUUGUGCCAAAGGGAGAACAGCUGGUUCACUCUACAAAUGAAAAAGGUCUAGAAAUUAAAAAUUCGUUCGCUACCGUACGAGUUUUGGUCACUACACUUCAUCACAACAUUCGCAAAUUGGAUCCCGAGAUUCACCUGGAUCAAAAGGUAAUGUUAAGCCAUUUGGCUGCCAUUCGCCAUAGCCGGUGGUUUGAAGAAAAUGCUCACCAUUCAUCAAUUAAAGUUCUCAUUCGUUUACUCCGUGAUGUGCGAAGUAGAUUUGAAGGCUUCGAACCUUUGACACCUUGGAUGUUAGACUUACUGGCCCAUUUCUCUAUUAUGCAUAACCCAAGCAGACAAGCCCUUCCUAUUAAUGUCGCAUUCCGUCGGGUAUUCCAACUUCUUGCAGCUGGACUAUUUCUACCUGGUUCCGCCGGUAUUACUGAUCCAUGUGAAGGCGCAAGUAUGAGAAUCCAUACAGUGAUGACCUUGGAACAACAAGAUAUCUGUUGUUUGACUGCACAGACUUUACUAAGAGUCUUAUCACAUGGUGGUUAUAAGCAGAUAUUGGGAAUGGAAGGCAGUAAUAAUAUUGCUAAGGAGAUGUCUGUUUGGGAUGGUGUUGUUGUAUCACCAUUGGAUAAAGCAUAUGAAAAUCCACCAGAAAAGAAAGAGGGGGAAGACGAUGAAGAAAUGGAAGAGGUGGAAGGAGAUGAGAGUAUGGAAACCCAAGAAGCUUAAAAAUAACUUUUUUGCAAAGUAUUACUUUAGAAUUUUCAUACGAAUAAUUUUUUGGUAUUGUAAUGUAAGGAUGAUUUGACAGUUUCAUUUAAUUUCUUAUAAUUAUCAGAUUGAUAGAUUGUGUUUCUUGUGGUAUAAAUAGAUGUUUUAAGCAUCAA